UUAUUUUAGAAGGAAAGAAAAAAAAAAUUAACCCUUCUCUCUCUUUUUCAGACACUCAACUCAUAAAAUCUAAGACAAAACCCUUGUCUGUCUGUCCCUUCUUUCCCUCAUUUUUAUUAAUUUGAUGUUAAAUGGAGAAAUAGAGAAAAUGAAGUCUUCUUCAUCUUCUUCUUUUUUCCAAGAUAAAACACAUAACUAUAACAAAAAAGAGAGAUGCCUAAACAUGGUGAUGCUCCCUCCAUUCUUCUUGUCUUCUCUUCUUGUAACUGUCAUAUUCAUACUCUUCAUCCUCUAUUCUCCAAACCCUUUAAAGGCCAUGUCCAAACUUGACCUUGGUCAAACACUUGAUUUGAUCAAACCUCCUAAUACUACAUUUCUAGGUGAUCAUGAUGAGAUUUUGAACUGUGACUUGUCUAAGGGUCAUUGGAUACCUGACCUGCAAGGGUCUCUAUAUACAAACUCAAGUUGCACCACAAUUCCUACUUCAAAGAAUUGUUUCCACCAUGGAAGAAAAGACAGAGAUUUCCUGAAUUGGAGAUGGAAACCUGAUCGAUGUCAUCUUCCGAGGUUUGAUCCUAAGACAUUCCUGGAAUUUGUUCAAGGGAAGAAACUUGCAUUCAUUGGUGACUCAGUUGCCAGGAACCACAUGGAGUCUCUCCUUUGUCUCCUGUCAAAGAUCUAUUUUCAGGUUUUUAUUGCACCCUUUUACCUCUACCGAUAUCAGUGUGCCUGUUUCCCAAUCUGUAUAGUAGAAACUCCCAAAGAUCAUUACCAAGAUUCGGAAGACAGGAAAAGGGUAUGGUACUUUCCUGGUCAUGACUUCACUCUCAUGAUUCUUUGGACGAAAUUCCUUGUAGAUGGUGAAGAAAGAGUGGUCAAUGGUUCAACAUCUGGCAUUUUUGACUUGCACCUUGACAAAAUUGAUAAAGAAUGGAGCAGAGAUCUUCCUGCUCUAGACUAUGUUGUCAUCUCAGAUGCACAUUGGUUUUUCCGACCAAUUUACCUACAUGAUGACACUGGUGUUGUUGGAUGUGUGUAUUGCAAUAACCCAAAUGUGACAGAUUUUGGUGUCGGAUUUGCACUCAAGAUGGCUUUUCGUUCUGCAUUAAAUCAUAUUAACUGCUGCAAGAAAUGCAAAGUGAGGGUUACGCUCAUCAGGACAUUUUCACCAGCUCAUUUUGAGAAUGGGAGCUGGAACACUGGAGGAAGAUGCAACAGGACAAGCCCUUUAAGUGAAGGAGAGAUCGACUUGAGUAGUAAUGAAUGGGAACUGAGGGGCCUGCAAAUGGAAGAGAUCGAAAAGGCAAGAAUAGAAGGAAAUAAGAAAGGAAAAAGGUUUGGAGUUUUGGAUGUCACCAGGGCUAUGCUCAUGAGACCUGAUGGGCAUCCUGGUGAAUUCUGGGGAAACAAGUGGAUGAAGGGUUAUAAUGACUGUGUUCACUGGUGCUUGCCAGGUCCAAUCGACGUAUGGAAUGAUUUUCUGAUGGCGAUUCUGGGAAGAGAAGCUGCAUUAGUUUCUUAGUGAAGGGCCAGAGUCGAUUAGUUAGAAUCAUAUACCAUAGAUAUUUGCAUCUUAAUAAUUGUUCUUCAUUUUGUCUCCCCUUGGCAUAUAUUUUUUAUGGCCAACAGAUCAAUUUUUUUUAUUAUUAGCACAACAAAUCAACAUAUAUUUUCAUUGUAAUAUAGUAGCAAAUAUCAUUGAACCCGGAA